CAGCAAAGUCAGGUUCAUCCCGGAUAUGAUGUCAUGUUAUAGCGCCUGCUGCUCUAGCCUAAAAAUGGCCGACCAUAGUGAAGGAUUUUAAUCUACGCUUGUAUUAAUACGUUCUGACAGCCAUGGCCCAUGUCCCUCACGGCGAGUUCCUCCUGGAGCAGCUGAGGAAGCAGAGAGAGCGAGGUUUCCUGUGCGACUGCACCGUGGUCAUCGGCCAGGCUCGCUACGAAGCUCACCAUAAUGUCCUGGCGGCCUUCAGCGAGUAUUUCUCCACACAGUGCAUCGAUGCAGGAAGAGAAGACGCCACCAUUACGUUGGACCCGGAGUGGGUUAACAGCACCGUGUUCGAGAAACUGCUGGACUUCAUGUACACGGGGAACUUAAACAUGGACGGGGAUGAAAUUUUAAACGUUCAAAACGCAGCAUCGUACCUUGGGAUACAGGAGGUCCUGGCUAUCUGUUCUUUGACUGCUGCCAAAGACAGUCCUGUUGCUGUGACAGACACGAUCUUAACAGAUCCUCGUUCUCCGCUCAGCCCGGAUGACUACGAACCACUGGAGCCACUUGAGGAAGUGGAGGAAAGGGAGAUGCUGAGGAAGGAGGAAGAGAAGAAAUCCGGAAUGUUUCAGGAAAAAGCAGCACCACUUGAUGAUUCCCAGUUAUCCAGUGAGCAAACUCCACAGGGCUCAGAGAAGAGGAUCCGGAAGCCCAGAACUCGUCUUUAUGAAGAGGAGGAUGACUUCACGAAGAAGGAAAGCCCACUUUCGCCGAGAGGACGAGGCCGUGGCAGGGGCAGGCCGAGAGGGCGGCCUCGGACAAGACCUUUAGAUUCUGAUAAAGCGGAUGCUGUGGUGAUGGACAAGAGUCCAAUUACAGAGACUGCUGUAGUGCGAAGAGGAACCGGAAGGCCGAGAGGGCGCCCACGUACAAGACCGCUGUCUUCCGAAGCAGUAGAUUCUGCCUGUGCUGAAGAAAACAGCACAGCAGCGAAUAAUGAAGAAAUGGCAACCGAGACAGAGCAGUCAGAAGCGUCUAAGUCUUCAAAUCCACAAGGAGACACAGAGGUUGUAAAUAACGUAAAUAACCAGGAAGUAGAAAACAAAGCAGCAUCAGACACUGAGAGUCCUAAAGUGGGUGUGGUAACAAAGCGAGGAAGGGGCCGACCACGAACCAAGUCUCUGCCUUCUGAGUCUAACGAUAUUCAGAACCCAGAGGAGACGUUCACACAGAUCUUACAAAAAGAAGGAAGCGUGCGUAAGAGAGGAAGGCCACGUUCUAAACCCCCGCCGUCUGAAAUGCCAGAAUCCGACAACACGGAAGGAGGAACGGAACAGGAUGAGGGACCGGAUCAGGAGAAUAACCAGCCUAUAGCAUCUUCCUCUGAGCCCUUCGACGACCAACAAGAAAGUCCGCAAAACUCCAAGAUGCUCCGGACGAGCACCAGGAAGCGGAGCCUGAGCCGAAAGCUGAGAGAAAGCCAAGCCAGCAACGAUGAAAACGAGCAGGAUGAAGCAGCGGAGGAGGAAGGCAGUGAAGAUUGGGAGGAGGAAAAGGAUGUCAAGGUGUUGCAAGACAAGCUGCGGCCCAUCUGCAACAUCUGCGGGAACCUGUUCUCGGAAAUGAGCAGCCUGCGCAGACACAUGCGCAUACACAAGGGGCUUAAACCGUACCAGUGCCAGCUGUGCGGACGCUGCUUCAGGCAGGGAAACCAGCUCAAGACGCACCUGCGGAUUCACACAGGUGAAAAGCCAUUCUCCUGCAGCUGCUGUGAUGCCUCCUUUGCACAGAAAUGUCAGUUAGUGUAUCACUGCCGUAUGCAUCACGGAGAGGAAAAGCCUCACAAGUGUGACGUGUGUCCUGCAGCUUUCGCUACGUCCAGCAAUCUUAAAAUCCACAUGAGGACACACAGCGGGGAAAAGCCGUACGAAUGUGGGGAAUGUGGGAAGCGUUUCACUCAGGCCAGCACGCUGAUGUACCACAAGCGCCGACACACGGGGGAGAAACCCUACGUCUGUGACACGUGUGGGAUGGCCUUCGCUGUCUCCAGCUCACUCAUCUCACACACCAGGAAGCACACAGGAGUGACUCCUUACAUCUGUCUGGACUGUGGGAAACCCUGCUUAACAUCUGGGGAGCUCAGGAAGCACAUGGACAUCCAUAAUGGUUCAAGAAAAGUGAUCUGUAAUAUCUGUGGAAGCACUCUGUCUGAUAUUUAUAGCCUAAAGAAGCAUCAAGCUCUAAGACACAAAGCUCCUACAGAGCAAGACGACGAGCCAAAGAAAUCAGAAUCCCUCGAGUGUCCGAUCAACAUCCCGAUCGAUCACCAGGGUCUGAUAGCCAGAGUGCGGUCUGUUCUAUCAGAAUCCCCAGAGCCAAGCUUCCCAGAUGAAUCCCCUCUCACCUCUGAGGCCUCAAUGAUCAUCCAUCAGCCAGAAACCCCAAUGAUCAUUAAACAUUCCGACGCCGCAGAAGCACCGAUGAUCAUCCAGCAUUCAGACACUUCAGGAACCCAAAUGAUCUCAGGAUCCCCUAUGAUCAUCCAACACGCAGACUCCUCGGAGGCUCCUAUGAUCAUCCAGCACUCUGAAGCCGGAGGAACACCGAUGAUCAUCCAGCAUUCAGAAGCAGGAGGAACUCCAAUGAUCAUCCAGCAUUCAGAAGCAGGAGGAACUCCAAUGAUUUUUCAGCAUUCAGAAGGUUCAGACACACCACUGAUUAUCCAGCAUGCUGAUUCCUCAGGAGCACAAAUGAUCUCAGGAUCGCCAAUGAUUAUCCAACAUGCAGAUUCCUCCGAGACUCCCAUGAUCAUCCAGCAUUCGGAAGCUACAGGAUCACCAAUGAUCAUCCAACACGAUGAAUCCUCAGACACCCCAGUGCUCAUUCAGCACGGAGAUUCUGGGGAGCAAGUGAGUUAUGUUGUGGAGCAGUAUGAAAUUCCUGGUUCCUCAGACCUCGAACACGCUCAGAUCGUCAUCGUGCAGACCAUCGAUUAAGAUGACACCUGGAGAACAUUUGGUCUCUGCAGCGUAUCUGUCGCUGUACAGAGUAGUUUUAGAAUAGUUCUGGUCUUUGUAAGGUGGAGACAAUCUUCAGGCUGUUUCAGAGACACCAGGAAGUCAUUUUUAAUUAGGGUUUUGUUUUAUUUUUUUUUAUUUAAGCUUUAAUAUUGAGGAAAAAGUUUAAUAAAUGAUCUGAUGAUCAUGUCCACAAGGCUGUACUCCUGCUCAAUGUCAUUUUAUAAUCAUAUGAAUUUGCUUUACAUGUAAAAGCAUCUGCUAACCGUAGAGUCGAGGGAACGUUUGAGUUUUGCUCUUAACAUGAUAGUGUGUGAUCGUGCUACUAUUUCUUUUUCUUUCCCCUUUGAAGGAAAAACCUGACAAAUGAUGAGUUGUCUGACUUGAUGUUAUUUUUCAUAAUGUAAGUUUGUGGAGUUUUAAAAACAACGUUGACUCAAAACUAAAGACUUAUGUUGUGACAUUAAAUUUCCUUUGAUGUUGACAGGUUUGUUAAUAUCUGACAUUUCGUUCUCGUUGCUCUUCCUGAUAAAAUGGACUUUUAUACAAACAGACGAAAGUGCUGAUGCCUUUCUGUACCACAACCUACAUAUUGGCUAAAGUUACCAUGUGCUAAUGAGCCUAGAGCCUUUCAAUAAACAUCCUGUUGUGUUAAUGA